AUAUUAUAUUAUUAAUGCUAUCAUACAUGCAUAACGGAUUUAUGUCGAAUUAAUCACUUAAAGUUACGUUCUGUUAGUUAAAUAUAUAGAUAUAUUCUAGAUUAGAUUGCGAUUCAAAACAGUUGUGUCAUAACAGAACAGUCUGUCCUGUUGUGUUUUCAUUUCGAAGAGAAAAAAAAAGAUAAAACUCAGAAGAAAACCAUUUGUGUUCUAAAUUGAAUCUGAUUUUAACGGAAAUUAUGCCUUCUCUCGAUUCACCAUGGUUUGAACAAGUGGGCCAGGCUGUUGCGGCUGUGACGACAGCUAGAUCAACGUCCAGCAACAUGACUGAAACUGAAAUGGACGAUUUACUGAAGAGAGUGGCAAAACCAACAUUGGCUUCGAAGGCCAAGGUCAACCAGUCAUGGAAACUGGAAAACUCAUUCAUGGAAACGGGUCGUCAUUCUUGGGCUAAGAUGGAACUGUUCGAAGAUGUUAAGAAGUGCAUGUGGACACAGGGUGGUGGAGUUAAGAAAGCAUGUAAACUGAGGCCCUUUGAAGAAAAUAAUCGAUAGUGUAAUGUGAAUUAACUGUAAAUGACAAAUAGGGGGACUUGGUAACGAGGUACAUCUUUGAUGGACAUACAUCGUUGCUUUUAUAUUUUUGACAGAGUUCGGUUUUAAUGCAAGCAUUCGACUUUGUGAAAACAUUUUCUUGAAAAAUUUCUUAUUUAUUGAAGUGGAAAUACAUACUUUAUUUAUUGAACUGAUGAACAAAUUGUCAUGACGUACGUAACGACAUGGAGCGAUUGUAUUAUUUAAAAGAAACAUUUAAAGGUAAAUGAAUAAUAAAUGCAAUGAAGACAAUUCUGUUCCCAAUUUAGCAUAAUUUGCAACAUGUUUUUUUUAUUCUAGUCAUAUAUUGUCUUUCAUCAUGCGAUGGUGUGGCAAGUGUGUGUGUUUUGUACAUUGUUAACCGACACUUUUGUAUUCUAGUUGUUAAAUUGCACAAAAAUAAAAAUUCUAUAAGUUG